UAGUUAUAGUUCCACGAACUCAAUUAUAGAUGUUGGUGGCGGUAAUGUACGGCGAUUUCUACGGUGUUAGGAAAAAGGUCGGGAUGACCGCUCUGCAUCACCCAAUUCGUUAUAUUUGCAGAAUCGUGAGAUUCAAGGAAAUGUCUAAUUUACUCGUACAUAAAAGUUUGGAAUUAUUGGGUUACGAAAAAGAUUUGCAGAAAGAACAAAAAAAGAAAAAGAAGAAGAAACGUAAGGAUAUCAAAUACAAAGGAGCCUUGGAUCUAAUUCCUCCUAAACAUAGGAUCAUUUCCAAAAAUGAUAAGACAGAUCUUGGCACUAUUUUGGGCAGAUCCAGCAAAACUACUGUAUAUGAAACCCAGAAACGCUUAGCUACUCAAACAGAUCCUACCGAUGAGAAUGUACAACGACUCCUUUUACUUAGCAAUAAUAAAAUAAAUCCUGGAACGACGAAUAAUCUGUUGCAACGUGCUGUUGGAAAGAAAUAUAUUCAACAACAAGAAAAACCCAAGAAAUCAGAAAAGACAGCUUUCACGGAAGAAGACUUUAAGAAGUUUGAGCAGGAAUACAUUGGAUAAAAUUAAUAGUAUUAUCGAGUCACAGAGAACAACGCGCGUUACGUGUGUUUCGGCAAAA